GUUUUGAUCCAAAAAGAUUAAGGCAUGAUGCUUUAGUUAUAGAUACUGAAAAACAUAAUAAUAAUUUUUUAAAUGCAUUCAUUGAAAAAAAAAAUAUAGAUUGUAUGCUAGAAAGAUCAGCUAUAUUUUUAUUACAAUACUUUGAAUCAGUUUGGAAUAAUUUAGGUAAAACACAAAAACUUACAAAAAGAAAAGCAAAUGAAAAACAAUAUUAUGAUCUUCCAACAAUGGGUAAAUUAUGGGAAGUUGCUUUACCAACAGCUUUUCUUUCAUCACACAUUCCUAAUACUCAAAAAUUUUGUGAUGCCAACUUUU